AUGAUUCGGCGCCUUCCUUUGUUGGUUAGUUUGCUGCUCUUCAUUUUGUUCCCUUCUGGCUCCUUCUCAGCUACUGGAUUGCAAAGAGAGCCACGCGCUUGCGCAUUUGUCUCCCACUUAGGUGGAAUCUACCGCAUAGCAGGAGGCCGAGCAUCUAGCAGCUCUCUCGAUUCGCUUCCCUCGUUCUUUGAAAGGUUCAGAAGGGGAGCAAAAAAAUGUGAACAGGAAUCACGCCCGCAGACAGAUGUCGACCUGUACCGGUUGCUGGGUCUCCACCGUGAUGCUCCUGCCCAUGCCGUUGCUGCUCGCGUGGAAGAACUGCAAAAACAGCAGCAGGAGCAAUUCUCGGGUGCAGAUACACCGCCGUUGGAUACCCUUGUGACAACCCUUCUGCACGAAGUCUCAGAAACACUACAAAACCCCAAACAACGCGCCGCAUAUGAUGAAGGAGGCUAUAUCCCAGAGCCUCUGCACGCCUUGCUGAAGCAGCUGCUACCUGCGCGGCUUUCUUCCAGUUCCGAUGAAGAACGCACGAUAAAGAAGACCCCAACGACAGUAGAUCAAGAGGAGGAUCUGGACGUAGCAGACACAACACGUGGCCCUUCAAACUUGUUUUCUGCCCUGUUUGGUCCCCAUUUUUUGGGUGCCAACAGCCCCUUUGCCGCUGUUACCGGACGUCGCCAUACACCACAACCUCAGCGAGGUGCAGACGUGGAGAGCACCAUCACUCUCGGAUUCGUAGACGCAGCGCUUAGGGGGGCGUCUUCACUUCCUGUGAAGGUACAGCGACAAGAGCCAUGCGACGUCUGUUCGAGCGUGGAAGAUCGAAAGCCCUUGAAAGCAUCAGCCUGUCGACUGUGCGAAGGCCGAGGGAUGCAGACCGAGGUGAGGCGUUGUAUAUGCAGGAUAUCUCUCAUGCACGUCGGAUGCCGUAGUGUACGCAGAAUGAUGCACGUAUUCAUAGACGCAUGA